GAUCAGUUGCUAAGCAUUUGUCUACGGUAAAUCCAAAAGAAAGGCAGAGUGGAAAAUCACUGAGGUGAAUUAGCCAUACCAGCCUGCAACAUCUGCAUAAUCCUUCAACAACUGGAUAGAAUCAGUUGACUUUUGCUUUGAAUUUAGUCUGUACAGUUUGGAAAAACAGACAAAGUGAAGAUGGGUCAAAGAAUGAAGCCUUUCAUCAUUCUCUUCCUGAACUUGCUACUCUGUCAGUCCAUAUUAGCUCCUCCCCCUCCUGUGGAUUAUGGUGAUUCUGAACUGAGUUUAAAAGAUGUAGAACAACUUCUGGAGCUGUAUGACUAUGAAGAUGGUUUGACAAUAGACGAACCUCAGGUGGAAAUUGGUACUUUGUCACCCAUCAGACAUAAGGCUGCAAUUCCAGAACCGGAGCACACUAACAUUUUCAGUGCUGAGCAUGAAUUACCUCCACAGAAACCACUACCACGGCUACCUUUGCCACCUGAUGCUCUUGGACCUCAGACUCAGAGAGGUCUUCCCACCUGCCUACUGUGUACCUGUCUUAUUACCACUGUUUACUGUGAUGACCUGAAGCUGGAAUAUGUGCCGCCACUUCCUAAGAACACCACUCACUUCUACGGUCGUUACAACAAGAUUAAGAGGAUCAAUAAGAAUGACUUUGCUAAUCUAAACAAAUUAAAGAAGAUUGAUGUCACAGCCAGUCAGAUUGCUGAGGUUGAUGAAGAUGCUUUCAGAGAACUUCCACAUUUGGAAGAACUAGUGAUUCGUGAAAACCAACUCAGACAGCUCCCUGAACUACCUAGCACCAUGACUCUCAUCGAUGCCAGCGACAACAAACUUGGACGUACUGCAAUAAAAAAUGAAGCUUUCAAAGACAUGGAUAACCUCCAGUAUCUAUACUUAGCAGACAACAAACUGGACCACAUUCCAGUUCCACUGCCUCAUUCUCUUCGUGCUCUUCAUCUUCAGAACAACAACAUUCAAGAGAUGCAUGAAGACACCUUCUGCAACAGUAAAGAUAUGAGUUACAUUCGCAAGGGGCUGGAAGACAUCAGGCUGGAUGGUAAUCCAAUCAACUUGAGCAAAACUCCUAAUGCAUACAUGUGUUUGCUGCGUCUCCCCACAGGCAGGCUCAUUUAGAAGAGACUUCACUGCUUCUUCAAUGGUGUGAUUAUAUAGUUUCACAAAAACUACACAGCAAAAACGUGCAUACAAUUUUGCAAACCUGAGGUCUUUCCUGGAUUAUCUGUUCACCCCUGGUUAAAAAAAGACCAAAGUAAAUAAUUUGUGCUAAAUUAUUCCUGCUUAGAAGUACUGUGAAAAUAAAGAAUUACUAUGAUUACCAGAAGCAAGAAGUAAACAGUUAAUCCCUAGUUAUUCUGCUGUUAGGUAAUGCAGUUAUUACCUUUUCAUGAAGAGUUAGACAGAAGUUCAGUAGCAUGCAAUGUUUUAAAUGUCUAUGAAUUGUAUUUACUUGGCAGUACUUUUUCCUUGUAGUGUUACACAGAAAUCCAACAGCAAUCAAUUUAUCAGUUUUAUGGUCUACAGAGUUCAAUAACAAUGUAUUCACUAUUGAUGUGGGGUCUCAUACAAACUCAUACAACUAACUAAAUAAAAUAUUCUGAAAAGUAUUGUUUUAUUAUCCUGUACCCAAAAAGAACGGAUUUCUUUACAUUUUAUGCAAGUAUAUUUAACUCUGUUUCUGCUUUAAGAAAUGAAUGUACAAUCAUUUAAAAAUGUAUGCUUUGGUAAAUAACUUGUGUAAAAUUUGCAGCUAACAGUUCCAGAUCCUCUACUUUUACAGGCAUGGAUUAAUGCAAACUAUAACCAGGUAUAUUUUAUGUACACAUCUCAGUGGUGUUCAUUACUCCCUUCAGAACUCUGUAGUUCUUAAUCUGAACAGCCAUAAAUCUACUCCUUACUGUCACACUCAAGUGUGCUUCUUGGCAUGCCUAAUUCUAUUUAUGCACUGUAAAGAGUGAAAGAGAUGAUAUUACUAUUUUGAUGAGUUAGUAUUGUUGAUUUUCAUCUUCUAAAAGAUCUGUAGUAUUCUUAAGUGCUGAUAUACAUACCAUUGUGAUGGGACUGAUAAAAUGGUUUGUAUUUGGCAUAAUUUGAUGUAGCUAUUUGCUUAACAGCAAAUGAAUGCUACCUAUUCCAUAAUAUUGUCUGCCAAUGCCGUUUUUAACAGACUUCAACAGUUUUUAAUAUGACAUUCUAAUUCUGCUUUUGAAAAAGCUUUCAGGAUGGAAGUUUCAGUUUGACAGUGCUUAUCGUUUGUAAGUGUUUCAGUUUUACUCUAGCAAUGUCCGAUAUGUAUGGAAAUGUAGCAGAGCUCAAAGUAUUCAUGAAAAUUACACAUUACAUAUAGCUAUGAUCAUUUUAAUGAGCAUUUGCAUAACAAGUUACAGUAAGUACAUUGUUUUGAAUGUUUUCAUUUUAUAUAUUUGGAAUUUGGUAUAGUAUUGUCUGUCAAUGCUUAAUCCAUUAAAAUGGUUUAUCCCUCUUUAA